AUGGCCGUCUCAACCAGCAUCAUGGCCGAGAGCGGUCCUGAAGAGCGUAUACCGCAAGCUAUUUCCAAAAAGCACGAUGAGCCCCUUGUGAAUCCCCUCGAUCCUCCUCCGCAGCGGCAGCACCGCGGCUGGCGUUUCUGGGCUGUUUUCCCAGGUCUCUGCUUUGCCAUUCUUCUUGCAGCCCUGGACACCUCCGUUCUUGCUACUGCUCUCCCGACCAUCGUGGACCAGCUGCACUCGGGCUCGCUUUAUAUAUGGACAAUCAACGGGUAUUUUCUGGCCGUGGCUGCGGUCCAGCCUAUCGCUGGCCAAGCGUCCGAUAUUUUCGGUCGGCGAUACCCUAUGAUCAUCUCCGUCAUCCUGUUUGCACUGGGAAGUGGCCUCUGUGGCGGAGCGAGCACUACGGAAAUGCUGAUCGCCGCAAGGAUUGUGCAAGGACUUGGAGGCGGAGGCAUCUUCGUGAUGGUGGAUAUCAUCGCGGCCGAUUUGGUAGCGCUUCGGGAGCGACAGAAGUUCAUGAGUAUCAUUAUGGGCACCUUUGCCCUGGGCACAUUUAUCGGGCCUGUUCUGGGAGGCGCCAUCGUCACCAAAACGACAUGGCGAUGGGUUUUCUACAUCAACCUCCCUGUGGCGGGGAUUGCGCUGGUCCUGGUGACCCUGUUUCUGAGGGUCAAAUGGAACCGAGAAGGCACUCUCAAGGAUCGACUCGCUCGGGUGGAUUUCUCCGGGAAUAUGAUCCUCUCUGCGGCGAUCGUGGCCAUCCUGAUCGCCCUCACCUGGGGAGGAACAACGUAUACAUGGAGCUCGUGGCACACCCUCGUCCCUCUCCUCGUCGGCGCUCUCGGCCUCGUUGUGUUCGGCCUCCAUCAGGAAUAUGUGGCCCGCGAGCCGACGAUGCCGCACCGCGUGUACAGCAACACCACUUCUCUGGUGGCCUACAUCCUCACUUUCCUCCAUGGGAUCAUCAUGUCCUGGCUCUCCUUCUUCCUACCGAUCUACUUCCAGGUGAUGCUGCGGGCCAGUCCCAUGAGGUCCGGGGUGGAUAUCCUCGCCAUCGUGAUUCCUCUCAUGCCAGCCGGCAUCGUGGGUGGCCUCAUGGUCGCCAUCACCGGCCGGUACAAGCUCACCAUCGUCCUCGGCUACAGCCUGAUUUCCAUUGGAGUGGGUCUCCUCACACUCCUCACCGACAAGUCGAGUACGGCGACAUGGGUUAUCUUCCAAAUCAUCACCGGAAUCGGCGGCGGGCUGUCCCUCACCUCCACGCUGCCGGCAGUACAGGCUCCGCUGCCGGAGAAGGACGUCGCUAUCGCCACCGCAAGCUGGGCAUUCGUGCGGAGUUUUGGUGCCAUCUGGGGCGCCGCCAUCCCCGCCGCCGUGUUCAACUCCAAGUUCGACAGUCAGCUGUCCCACAUCAGCGACGAGGCCACCCGCGCUCUCCUGGCUCGUGGCGGGGCGUAUGAGCAUGCCACCAAGCUCUUUAUUGAAGCUUUUGACGAUAAUCCCGCCCUGCAGCGUGAAAUCUUGGACGUCUAUCAGUCAUGUUUGAAGCUGGUUUGGCAGGUCUUGCUGGCGUUUUCCCUCGCGGCGUUUCCCCUUGCCGUAUGCAUUCCGCAAGUAGAGCUGCGGAAGGAAUUAGUGACGGAGUUUGGACUGGACGAGAAGUAUGGCGAAAAGAAGAGACGUGAAGCCAUCGAGCAAGAGACGGGAGUAGAACUGGGGAAUCGAAGCACUCGCAGGGACGACUAA